AAAGAAUUAGUUUUCACUUAUUUUUGUAUUCCCGUGUUUCGGAUGAUGAGAAUGUUCUAUAAAUAAGGGUGGAAAACCAACGUAAAAUUCAGUGUAACAACACUCGCACUCGGAUUCGGUUCUUGUUACAAUUGCCAACCCUACACACUAAACAUGGACUCAGAUGAUGAACAGAAGAUGGCGAUGCUGCGCAAAGCCUUCCAAAUGUUCGACACUACAAAGAGCGGAUACAUUGACGUUUUGAAGAUCUCCACAAUUUUGAACACCAUGGGUCAACUGUUUGAUGACUCUGAACUCCAAGCCCUUAUUGAUGAAAAUGACCCUGAAGGUAGUGGAAAAAUCAACUUCGAUGGCUUCUGUAAUAUUGCUUCCCACUUCUUAGAAGAGGAAGAUGCUGAAGCCAUGCAACAGGAACUGAAAGAAGCUUUCAGAUUGUACGACCGUGAAGGCAACGGCUACAUCACCACCUCUACUCUGAAGGAGAUCUUGGCUGCUCUUGACGACAAAUUGAGCAACUCAGACUUAGAUGGCAUCAUCGCUGAAAUCGACACUGACGGCUCCGGAACCGUCGACUUUGAUGAAUUCAUGGAGAUGAUGACUGGAGACUAAGCUGCUCGUUAAUAUAGAACUAUAGUAUUAUUAAUAUUAGUUAAUAAUAACAUGUAAAUGUUUACAAGACUUCGGCACUAGUACAAACCAUUAAUGCGGUAUUAGCAUUGUUGUUAAAAAUUAAAUUAUAAUGCAUAAUGUUUAAUCUAUCUUAUAGAUAGGUAAUAGAGUAAAUAAUAUAAAUCUUAACUUUGUAAGAGUUCGUUCCAAAAAAUUAUUUCCGGAAUAAUUUACACGUAACGAACUUAUAUUUUUUAUAAACAAUUAUAUGCUAAUAUUUAUAACGCAUUGCACUAUUGUAUUUGGAAAUUAAUACUAUACAAAAAGAAAUAUAAUAUCCACAAUAUUGAAA